UUCCGAAAACCCUACCAUCGAUCGCUUAUUUUGAUUCAAAUCAUUAUCGCUUUCAUUAUUAUCGGGUUUUGAUUUUUCGGAUUGUUUUCAUUUGCUGCGGCUUUAUCUUCAAUCUGUUUUGAGGGAUUUGAUUGUGUGUGGAGCUCUGUUUGGUUUAGUGGCUAAAUGAAGGAAUAGGAAGAAUGAGAUCUUGAUUACGGGUUUUGAUUUAAUUCCGAUGAUAUGUAGUAGAGGAAUGAAAGUGUUGGCUACCCAUACCAAGUUUGCUCCUUUUCCAUGAUCAACUUGGAGGAUUGAGCUCGCUUAUCAACUUUGAUCAUUUGUAUUUCUGGGUUUUGAUUAUUUUGGAAUUUUUAAUUCUAUGUUACCUGAAACUAUCUCCCAUUUUUGUGAAAUUUUGAGGCGGUUUCUGUUUAUUCAUGUUAAGCAAGUUGUUGUUGUUCUAUGAAAUUGGUUAUUGAAAUUUUUAUGUUCCAUGGUCUGUAAUUGCUUGGAAUUGCCCAUCAUGUGUUUGCUGAAAUGGUUCUAUUAAAAAAACACCUGCAUAUGCAAAGUGUAUAAAGGAGUUAACUUUAUUGUUUCCGGAUUGUUGAGCGCAUUAUUUUGUUUUGUGGAAGAUACUUUUGUUGCUGGACUGCUGGCACAUUUUGUGACAUUGAUUACCUUAAGUUUAUGAGUAACUAUAUAGGGGAAUUGAACUUAGCUAUAAAGGUUUUAGGUUUUCGUUUUGUUUUGCUGGGGGAUUCGUUUGAUUUAGGUACUUUGCUAAAAAAAUUAAUUAGUUAGUCUUAGUAUGAGACCGGUUUAAUGUGUUAUUGUGAUUCCUGUUCUGAUUACUGUUUCCAAGUAGAUGUGGUGAAUGGUGGUUUUGUAUAUCACGUGUAUCUCUUACUUUCAUGAUUUUGUUUAUUUACACCCUGCUUUUGGAUGCUGGUGGUUGUCUUCCAGGCUAUGGACCAUCAGAUAGCAAAUGACUCAAACCCUUCAAACCCUAAGCCCUUCAUUUUCAGUUUCAUUAAUUAUAUCAGAGUCAAAUAUAUUGCCUCCUUUACUUACAAUUUACACCUUUCAAAUACCAAACUUCCUUUUGUGUUUACAUUUCAAUGUGAAGAUGCAGAUCCUAAUCGUUUAUUAUUGCUUUACCAGAAACUAUGGCUUUUAUUGUCAACUGUUUUCUUUGAAGGUGCAAACUUUGAUUUCAUGUCCUUACUAGGUUCUUUGAGUUUCUCUUAUUUCCUGUAUUUGGUUAGGUUUGCCGUAAUGAGUUUUUGAUUAUGGCGCUUCAUUUUUCUUUUUAAAACGAAAUUCUCUCUUUUAUGUAGUAUUAUCGAUUGAAUUGAAAAAGUGAUGUAUUUGAUUGUAUAGAUUCUUAAGAUGACAAUAUUCUUAAUGAAAAUAUAAACUUUGAGCUUUUAUGGAAGCUGUCUUAGGGUUUGUGAUUUAUGUAUUGAGUUUGCUGUUCUAUAUCCUUUUGAUCUUUGAGGAAUUGUAACAUUUGUAUUUGUCUGCACUCUGCAGUACAUCAAUCCUAUUAUUUGGGCAGGGUCAGACACCCAUGCCACCUGCAAACCAACAGCGUCCACCACCUCCCCUUCAUUUCCAUUUCCAACAGGGCUCUCUGGCACCACCGGCACCGCCAAAUGUAGUUCAGCAGGCUAUAGGUCAGCAGGGUCCUUAUUUAUAUCAGACACCUAUGCCACCUGCAAACCAACAACGUCCACCACCUCCCCUUCAUUUCCAUUUCCAACAGGGCUCUCGGGCAGCACCAGUACCACCAAAUGUAGUUCAGCAGGCUAUAUAUGCAGUCCCACCUCCGAUAGGUCAGCAGGGUCGUUAUUUAUAUCAGCACGGUUUUGUUGCCCCACCUCUCCCUACUCACCAAAGUUCAUCUGUCCCGUUCAGUGGGAUGCCAAAUACAGGGCAAUCUUAUGGACACCCCGUUCCACCAGUCCAUGGAAGCACAUGGCAUAACAUGCAACAUUCUUCAACAGCAGGAAACUGGAAUUUCCAACGGAUUCAUCCACCAGCACUUGUGACUCCGCAUGCUCCUCCCUACCCAUACAUGUCAAAGGCUGCAGUACCACAUGGAGCAUUACCCCCUUCAAAUAAUACUACUUCUGGUUGUGCUGCACAAGGACCAACAUGGUGUAGAGCUUUGUAUCCAGCACAACCACAGGCUGGUCUUCAGCAUAAUCCACCACCCCCUCCCGCCUCUAUUAUUGUCAAUCCCACUUCACUUGGAACUUCUGGACAUUUAACAGCCGGCGCUUCUGAAAUGGCUUCCUUGGCUCUCCUACCAGCAGCAAAUCCUCAAUCACCCUUUGCGCCAUUGCCCACCGCUCCUUCACCUUCAACUUCAUUGCCAAAGCUUGAUGCUUUCAGUUUUCCUAGUCAUCCCCACAUUGAUCGUAGGUCUAAUAAACUUCUGUUGACUGAAACGAGGCCUCUAAAUGCUUCUGACAUGGAGAUUGAAGAUCCUCUUAUAAGAAUUUUCAGUGCCGAUCGUGGUCUCUUAAUUGAAAUAACAAAUUCAAAGUGUCCUCAAUCACAUGAGGAGCUGAGUCUUUCACAAAAUAAGAAGAUGAAGAAGAAGAAGAAGAAGAAGAAGAAGAAAAGGUGUAAAACCCCCGAGACAAAUAUUAAAAGUUGUGAAAGUCCCUCUAUACAGCCUCAACUUGUACAAGUGACAGAUCAAGAGGUAGAAAUGCCUCAGGAUUUGAGUUUCUCAGCGAAAAACAAGAAAAGCUGUAAACUCCUUGACUGUAGUAUGGAAGUGUGCGACGUUUCUGUUGGUACUUCUGUUAUGGAAAGCAAUAUGCCAGCAGUUGAUCCAUAUAUACAGCCUUCUAUGGAGCAGCUUGUUGUGCAGCCACUUGUGGAGGGAAUGAGUACAACAACAAACUCAAAAAGCCCCAAACCUAAUGCAGAUUUUGGCUGCUUACAAGAAACAAAGAAAAAGAAGCAGAAGAGAAGUCACAAAACCAAUGAGAAUAAAGAGCUACCAGUGGAAACAAUGAUGCCAGAAGCAGAUCCAUCGUUUCAGCGUUCUUUUGCAAUGUUCUCUGAACAAGAAUUAGAGGUGUCACAACCACUUAAUGUUGAUGCAGGACCACUUGUGGAGGGAAUGAGCAGAACAUUAAACCCAGAAAAGCCCAGGCUGAAUGCAGAUUUUAACUGCUCACAAGAAACAAAGAAGAAAAAGCGAAAGAGAGAAAUAUUAAUGGAACCAAUGAUGCCAGAAGCAGAAUCAUCUCUUCAGCCUUCUCUUACAAUUUCUCUGAACAAGUACUAGAGGGAAUGAGCACAAGAAUAAACUCGGAAAGUAGUCCCAAGCCCAAUGUAGAUAUUAGCUGCUCACAAGAGAUGAGGAAAAAAAAUCCAAAGAGAAAGCGCAAUUCUUGUGAAAAUAUAGAGCUAUUAGUGGAAAUAAUGACGCCAGAAGCAGAUCCAUCUCUUCAGCCUCUUCUUGCAAUAUUCUCUGAACAAGAGGUAGAGGUGACACAUCCACUUGAUACUAGUACAGAGUGGAAAGAUACCAAGUUUGAUGAAGUUCCUUCCUCGUCACAUUUGGCUCCAAAAGCUGAUACUGAAGUAGUUGCUAUCAGUAGAGAGGGCAGUCUUUUGCAGAUGGCACAAUCUUCACCUGAAAAAUCUCUUCUUAAGUGUUCUCAGAAAAAGCUUCUCAUUCUUGAUAUUAAUGGGCUGCUUGCUGAUAUUGUUCAGAUGGAAGAUUCUAACUGCAGUAGUUUUAAACCAGACAAAGUUAUAUCAUGGAAAGUAGGUGAUAGUGUAUUUAAAUAUCUAUAGAGAUGUAUUCUCUUAAAGUGGUAUGGAGCCUCAUUCUCUCCUCUCUCUUCUUUUCACAGUUUUUAAGAGGCCAUUUUGCGAUGAUUUUAUCCAGUUCUGCUUUGACAGAUUUGAUGUGGGUGUGUGGUCUUCAAGAAUCAAG